GCAGUAGAAUGGAAUGUCCUGAGAAAGUUUUUAGUGGAUACCCAGGACCUGCCCCGCGACGCUUUGCCCCAUACAAGCUAGUCGGGUAACAUGCAUGGUGGGCCACUUAUGCAUCUUUCAUAUGGGGCGUAAUCCGUACUGACGCACUAACUAUGCAUGUUUGUACUAUGUAUGUAUUUAUGCAGGUAGCAUAAGUUGAACCCCCCCAGCCCAAGCGGAUCGGAUUAACGACGCCAAAAUUAUCGAAGGCAAGCGCAUCUCAAUUGCAUUAGGACUGGGGAUAGCUUCAGCUCCUGUUACUCAGCCGAACCAGCACAUAUCGCCCACGAUGCCCCCCAGGAUACCCAUGCUGAGCGCCGUAGGGCCGGCGCGGACAUUCGUCAAGUCGCAGAUCUGCCAAUUCUCCAAGACGGCUACAUCACAAGCCCUCCGAGAUGUCGGCACCUCGAGGCCCCCGGCCUCCUCGGCUUCCACCCUGCUAGACCUCGACGCCUCGCCGGCCAGGGCCCCCCGGAACAAGACAGCCAUGGCCCAGGCCAUAUUCAACCGCCUGCGGUCACCGCAACGGCGCACGCCCGAGGGCGAGGAGCUGAAGGUGGAGACGGAGCUGCGCGGCAAGAACCUGGCGGACGACUACAUGCGGCAGGCGCCGCGGCGCUGGAACCUAGGCGACGUGUACGCGCCGCACGACCUGAGCGCCGUGGAGAUGAAGAAGUGGCGCAAGAUCACCACGGUCGAGCGGGACCUGGUGGACCUGCUGGGCCUGAGCCCGCUGGACAUGUACCGCAACUUCUCCUUCAUCUCCGAGUACACCACCCCCCAUGGCCGCAUCAAGAGGGCCGACCAGACCGGCCUGCGCCCCGUCAACCAGCGCAAGGUGGCAAAGGCCAUCCGGAGGUCCAUCGGUCUGGGCCUGCACCCGAGCGUACACAGACACCCGGAGCUGUUGAAGAGGGAGAGGCGCCAGGUCGGACAACAGAAUGCGCCCACGGGCAGGAUUGGUAACCACUACGCUAUUUAAAAAAAAAAAACACCAAUCUAGGCAUAUCGAGGGUAGAGAGCUUUGAUGGACACAGGCAAUUUGUACAACAGCUUCGCUUUGGUUUGGUUUUGUACAGAUAGAUAUACACCACAUCCCGUGUAUAGGUUGCUCUUAGGUAUUUGUACAUAUACAAAUGAUAUAAAACACACUACGCCUUCCACGGGCGCGUCAUCACGAAUGUCCGGAAUCCUUCCGCAUCCCGCCUCCUGCGCUUCUUUUCCAGCUGACUCCAUACGUGGGGGAACCACUCUUUCGACCAUGCUUCGAAGUCAUCCUUGAACUCGUCGUUUGGUAAUGCAUUGUAGACGGCGGCGAGGCUACAUCACCAGUCAUUAGUAUCAAUAAUUCACCAAAGACAGCAAGCAACUUGGCAAACUUACGUCGAGAUAUCAGGCCGUUGCCC